AUGGAAAAAGUAAUAUCAUCAAAUGACAUCACUGCUACAAAUACCAUAGCAGAGGAUCAAAAUGUGGUAGCUGAGCUUUCUGAGCCUACAGAAAACCCUUCUUCUGGUGAACCACAAGAAGAAGCACAGCCAUCCGACCCUUCUUCUGCUUUGGUGCUUGAAACUACCGAGCCAACCAAUGAUGAAAAGCCGGCACCUGAACAAGAGACCACAGGUGAUUCGGAGAAUGCCCCCAGAGAAAGAAAAUCUAUAUUUAGAAAACUUUAUGGGGGGAUAAAAAGAAUUCCAGCAAAUGCUGCCAGACAUGGAUCUAGCAUAAAGAACAAAACAAUCCAUCUGUUAAGAGUGGUAACCUGCAGUGCAGAAGCAUCUGAAAUUACAGUAGAUGCUCCUAUGGAUGCUCCAGUUGAAGCCCCUAUCGGACCACCAAGAAAUCUUACUGUAGUUGAAAAUGCUAUUUUGCAAACUCAGCUGUGCCUUGAAGAGAUGGACAGGCAACUACAGGAAGUUGAGCCUCCAGUACAUAGGCAGAUUGAUACAUCCUUACUUUUGGAUUCAUUUGAACUUAUUUCUAAGAUUCAAAAGAUUAUUUCUUCAUCUAAUCCAAAAACAUCCGAUUUAUCUCUCCCUAUGGUAAUUGUUCACUCAAUGAGGGAGUCCUCCCUGGAUCUUAGCAACUCUCUUUUCAAUGCAGAGGAGAAGUUAUACUCCAGCCUUAUGUCUGGGAAAAGGCCAAACACUUUAAUAAGUGGAAGAAUAGUUAAGUAUCUCAUUUCUAAAGCAUAUGAGCCAAGUACCUACCUAAAGUAUUGGCUGGCUAAGAAUUCGGACUUUGAAAAGGCAUAUACCGAGUUAUAUCAAUCUACUCUUGCCUCUUUAACAACAGAUGUUGAGGACUGCUUAAGAAGUGAAUUCCCUGUAAUGUUCUUUACAGAGGUAAUACAUGAGAUAAAGGCCCAAUUAGUAAAAAAACUCUCAGCAGUUAAAUUACAAAAGGCUGAACAUAAUGAGCUUGAGGUCUUAUUUGUAAGCCCAUCCAUUAGCAGUGGCUUAGAAACAACUAAAGAAAUUGACACUUACUUACAGAAAAACAUUUCUCUUGAAGACCCUCAAGAAGUAAAUGCCUCUCAAAUUUCUGACGUAGCUGAUACUGAAGUGGCUGCUGAGCCAUCGGCCAACCCAUCCGAGGAGCCAGCAGCAAACUUAUCAGACAGCAAGCCAAUAGUGUUUGAGUCUACAAAGAAGGUAAAAUCUGCUCUUAAAAACCCCAACAAAAUUGAAAAGAGCGUAAAAAAAAGAGUAACUUUUUCAGAUAAAAUCAAGAGUGAACACCCAUCUGAUCAAGAUACUCCCUCGGCAGAAUGCACUCCAGUUAAUCCAGCAAUUGAGUUGCUUGUUCCAGAAGCAUCUAAAUCCAAUAUAUAAACAUAGCAUGAAAUUGGUCUCUUCAAUACGCUUCCUUCUAUAAUGGAAAUAAAUACUAAUACGCA